AUGGACGAAAGCACCAAUAUUUCCCGGAUCGCGAGCGAAUGCAAAACAAUCUUCGCGGGCUGCAUUUCAACACCCGGCAUGGGGGAAGAGGCUUGGGUCAGGUCUGCGCAAGGCGAUUUUAACCUUUGGUGUCUUGGCAUUAAGGCAACUAGUUCCAACAAGUCAUCUCUAGAUUAUCGUCUUAGGGAAAAGCCAGAUGUGCGAGAAGAUAUAUGUGACCUAAUACGAGGCUUGAUAAACUCGCUGCAGAAGUGCCAGCGGUUAUUAAUAGGCACUGAGGGGGAGAACGCCCCAGAAGACUCGCGUCCGGAUAGCCCGCAAAGUAUUGAAUCAUGGGAAGCUAUGUCGGAUGAGUCUAGUGGCACAAGUUCCCUCUCUGGUGGCGGCGACGUUUCAAACCCAGUUCUCUCAGAGAAUAUCUCUUAUAUCAAGACAAUCCUGAGUCAGCUUGCAAGGAUCUCUGUUGCCAUUCGAAAGUCUGGAAACAGAUAUCGGUUUGAGAAAGCGGAUGCCGCCUUGGAUGAGAAGGAUUAUGAUGAAUUUCGACAACAUCUAACCGCUAUCAUUCUGAGAGGGUUUGAAGACGAUGACUCCAAAAAUCUCACUGCGGUUGAAAAGGCGCAAAGAGUUUUUGACUCUAGUAGGCUUACUAAGGCCCAAAAACGGCUAAUCCAUCUCAAUAUCCUCCGCAAGCAUCGAAUUGAAUUUGUGAAAAGAUCUCGGGGUUCAAAACCCCAUCAGAAUGCUGAUACACAGCAGACGGAAUCAGGACCAAUAAUGAUGAGGAAACCCACGGAAGAGCCAACUGUCGAUUCCAAACCAUGUUCCUAUCAGCCCAUACGUAGUACUACUACCUCCCGCCCAUUACAUCAACCCCCAAGGAAACUUGCUCCCUCGGGUGUUUUCACGGCUGCUGUUACUGCCACAGAGAUUGGCUCCAAGUUCGAUAUCAAAGGAAUUCUGGCAACAAAGUCUACAUCAGCGGUCACUAAGAUGACAAAGAUAGGGGCUUCACAGUCCUAUCCUCAUUGUCCAGACCCCCGAUUAGAUGGAUCAUUAAGGUGCCCAUACUGUGACGACUUCCUGCCAUCAGAAUUCUCGGAUCCUAAGCGCCAGGAUAAUUGGAGAUUACAUGUCGUCCAAGAUAUAAUCCCAUAUUCGUGUAUAAUAGACGGCUGCGAUACCCCUGAUGAAAUGUAUACAACUGCCGAACGCCUGCUUACACACAUGCUCGAGAAACACUCAACAGCGCGCUGGACCUGUAGCUACUGCGUUUAUAGUAAGGGGAUCAAUGGACUCUCUGACACUGAGCCAAACUGGUUUGAUACUGCUCAGGAAUGGGACUUGCAUAUGGCAGCAAACCAUGGCGAAAUCGUUCCGUCUAAUCAAAGGGAUACUUUAGCUGAACUAAAUAAGGAGCUGACGAUAGGACCGUUAUCUUGUCCCCUUUGUGAGUUUACCACCGACUCUGCGGAUACAAAAGUUGACAACCACAUAUUGCAACAUUUACACGAAUUUUCCCUCAGAGCUCUCCCUGAGGACGUAAAGCAGAAAGGCGAUAAUCAGAUUACCACGUCCCAGGCAUCUGGAUUGCUCUCACACACGCAAUCGGACCAUAUUGGCGUAGCUAUGGAUCAGGAGUGGCCGAUGGUAGCUUUGGAAGAGCUCGAAAGCUCCUUGAAGAGAGUUUUGAAUCUACACCCCUAUGUAGAUAGAUAUCCUCCACCCACCUUAAAGCAUUUGCCGCCGGAUGCAAAUAAGGCCCUGACCGAGAUUUGGCAACUUAGGUCAUAUAGGCUGAAAACGACCCUCGAUGACUUAAAUAGUGACCUUCAUGAUGUUAACGGCAUGGAGUGUGUUUCUAGUAUGCUCGAUGGGAUCCCUGAAGCAAUAAGGGAAUUAAAUUCAAUUACGGGGAUGGACUUAACUUUACCAUUUGUUAAUUAUAUCCAAAACAGCCCGACACAUGUUUCAGUGCCGCCUUUAGUUUGGAGCCCUACUCCCCGCGACGAGAUACUCGAUGAAGUUGAGAGUCUUUUCAUUUGCUCUCAACAAGACUCUAUCCGUGGCAAACAGUCAAGGCUUGCACUCGUCGGCCCAAAGGGGGUCGGGAAAACUGCAAUUGCCAAGAUGUUCGUGGAUAGGAUGUGGGAGCAGUCUGAAAACCGUUCUAUAUUUUGGGUGGAUGCGAGCCUUAACUCUAAGAUUGAUCGUUCAUAUGAAAUCAUAGCACGGACGCUUGGUGUCAGCCUAGAUUGGACCGGCUCCGGCUCCGAUCUGAUUAGGCAUCUUAUAAACCACCUCGCUUGGACGUUCAGCGGCGAAUGGCUGAUCGUCUUUGAUGGCUUACAAUAUCAGACAGCUGCAUAUUUGACUUUCGAAAAUCUAUUGCCGCAGGGACUAAGAGGGCAUCUUCUGUUUACGACCUCAGAUCCUUCAUGCUUAGCGCUUUUCGGUACUGUGAAGACCAUUCAGAUUCCAGAACUCAGCAAAGAGCAGCAAGCAUCAAUCGAACUCUCAGAAACAGAAAUCAAUGAUUUAAUAAUAGAAAUAGACAAUUUAAAAGCGGAGAGGAUCAAACUAAUAAUGGAAGCAGAUGAGUUGGAGACAGAAACAAUCGAUCUAACAAUCGAACGAGAUUCUUUGAUACGAGAAGUAGAUCUUUUGAAAGCAGAAAGAAAUCUACUCGAGACCAAAAAAAGAGAAUUCGCAUUAAUAGGUAAUAUCUAUUUUCAACUUGAAGAAUUACAAGAGUUUAAUGAAGGGUUAUAA